ACUUUUGCUGCGGAACUAAUGUCUCCUGAUUUACCCGAGCACAUUUCUUAGCUGCACCUGCUGUGUUUUGCUAACCAACGUAGCAUUGCGAAUAAGUCAACGUCAUUCUGCUUGACUUUAAUCGGACGGAAUGAAACCUGCCGUGGACGAGAUGUUCCCCGAAGGAGCGGGUCCUUACGUGGACCUCGACGAAGCAGGAGGCAGCAGCGGGCUGCUGAUGGACCUGGCAGCGAACGAAAAGGCGGUCCACUCAGACUUCUUCAAUGACUUUGAGGAUCUGUUUGACGACGACGACCUUCAGUGACCGAAACUGCGGCGUGUUUUUGUGAAUAUAUGUACAUAAAUUAAAACACUUACCAGGGCGUGUUUUUUUUUCCCUCGCCGUGUUGAAGCCCCUCACUUUUUCUGUCACUCAACGUGUCGAAAUAAAGACUUUUUGUUUGAGGAAGAGGGAAAAGCUCCUCGCUGAACCAGGUGUCCGUGGAUUCUUUACAAUCACUGACAUUCCAGCCGCCGAGAAAAUUAUGAGUAUGGUUUUGGUCGUGUUCGAAUCUGCUGCCUGGGUGGAUUGCAGGUUUGCUGUCCUCGCGAAACACCUGUUGAGGAAACGUAAUUACAUACGAGAUACAGUGUUAACGUGGACGCUAACUGCUGAGUCGGGGCACGACGGGACAGGCUGCCAAAAAUGUGGCAAUGUCCAGAGAAGCGCCGAUGGAAGUCGCACAUUUUGGUUUUAACAACAACCAAGUUUUCUCACUUUUGAGUACAUUGUCAGAGGAGUUGCAGUUUACAAUGAGUACGAACCUUCUCACUGAUGUGGGUUUGUAGUUUGGCUCUGUAGUUGCUUCCUUGUUUACAAUCUAAACUAAGUACGAAAGAUUCACAAGCGUCACCGAUCCUCUGUUAGUGAUGUGGCGUUUGUCGCCUGUAAAGUAAAAUGAACUCGCAAUCUUGCCGAAGGAGCCCGAGCAUGGGAACGCCCAUUUUAGGGUACCGUGAUUCAAGGUCAGCGGUAUUAAAGACAGGGUUUCCCCCAGGAUUUUUUAAACCGUAGCAGCUCUCAUUUUAGCCGAGACCCGUGAGAGUCUGCAGUCCUGACCCUGCCACAAAGGACUUCCCAUGGGAACAGGCCCCUUUAUUGACAUACUGAUGCAUCAUAACAGAAGCCCGUAGGACACCGUGGCAGCAACAAUGGUGAAGAAUUGUGUGGCCGUCCAAAACUGUUUUUAGAACGGAAGUAUUUUACAGUUACCUAUUGUUGAAAUAAUGGGUGUGAAUGACUGUUAUUGUGUAGACAAAGGCCUGCUGUGGAGAUAAACGUUUGGCUCAUUGUCUUUUGUUUACCGCCGUGACGGUCGCUGGAG